AUGGCGACUAUCAAGGCCAUCGAGGCCCGUUCGGUCCACCAAAUCCAAUCCGGUCAAGUCAUCGUCGAUCUCUGCUCUGUUGCUAAGGAGUUGGUCGAAAACAGUCUUGACGCCGGUGCCACAUCGAUAGAGGUCCGAUUUAAGAAUAAUGGACUGGACCUGAUUGAGGUGCAAGACAACGGCAGUGGAAUAUCUCCGGAGAACUACGAGAAUGUCGCACUCAAACAUUAUACAUCGAAGCUUUCUUCCUUCGAGGAUCUAUCGCGGCUACAGACGUUCGGUUUCCGCGGCGAAGCACUAUCGUCCCUAUGCGCCCUGUCCGAGUUCCAUGUUAUCACUGCCCAAGCCAACCAGGCUCCUAAAGCCAACCGUCUCGAUUUCGAACCUUCCGGGAAACUGAAGAAGACACAAAUCGUCGCGGGCCAGAAGGGCACAACGGUAUCGGUGGAGGCACUGUUCAAGAAACUACCUGUGCGGCGCCGUGAGCUAGAGAAGAAUAUCAAACGUGAAUAUGGAAAGGUUUUAAACCUUCUUCAUGCGUACGCAUGCGUCAGCACAGGCGUCCGUUUCAGCGUCAAGAACACUGUCGCAAAGACCCGCAACGUGGUGGUCUUCUCUACGAACGGUAACCGGACAACGAAAGAGAACAUCGCCAACGUUUACGGCGCGAAGACCCUCCUGGCUUUGAUUCCGCUCGAUCUAACCUUGGAAUUCGAGCCAUCUACGGCUGGAAAGCGAGCCGCUGUGGAUGAAGGGCGGGAGGUGAAUAAGAUCUUCGUCCGGGGACAUGUCUCGAGACCUGUUUUCGGGGAAGGCAGGCAAACACCUGACCGUCAAAUGUUCUUUGUCAACUCUCGUCCUUGUGGAUUACCACAAAUAGCUAAAGCGUUUAAUGAGGUUUAUAAAUCAUUCAACGUGUCACAGUCACCAUUUGUGUUUGCGGACUUUCAUAUGGAUACUAACGCAUACGAUGUCAAUGUUUCACCUGAUAAGCGCACAAUUCUACUGCACGACGCGGGAGUUAUGAUUGAGUCUCUGAAAACAUCACUUACGCAGUUGUUUGAAUCAUCGGACCAGACAGUUCCCCAAUCUCAAGUCAACAAUGCUAAGCAGUCAACUACUAAACUACAGUCCGGAAAAUUGCAAGACAUUCUAACUCGUAAAUCUUCGUCUGGGGGCACAGAGGCUGCGGAUGAUGAGGGAUCAGAACUGGACGAAAGCCAGGCCAAUGGCAGAAGCAGGCUCAACUCCCAACAUAGGAUGAGGAGCUUCUUGAGCGAUCUCGGGUCGUCGCCAGGGGGUAGAGCGAGCAUAUCCUCGUCUCCCCUGCGUGCGGACAAAGAACCUGUGUGUGAUCUGACAUUGUUGCCUCCAAAUACGCCUACCCAAUCGAAACGCGACUCAUUCGAAACAGACAAUCAGCUCUUCGUUACAAAUGAUGACAUCCAACAUGAAGAGCCCUCACCGGGUGCAGGCGAGAACAUGCGACCAGAACGCCCCACUGACGAAGGUUCACAGAUUGCUGAUGAUAACGAUGCUCCACUAAGAAGUGCACCACCAGACUCGCAGCAGACAAUAACGCAGAGACGAGAGCCGUCUGCGGAAAUACCUAAUACUAUACAGAAUGCGUUCGACCGAAUGAGGCCAAGACGAGCGCCGGCUGAGGUGGCGACGAUCACUAUCGGAAACAAGACCGUGACGUCCAUAGUAGGAAGUGGUCCCUAUCGAAAGCGUGAUAUUGACCAUGUUGACACUACUAGCUCCACAUCUCGGAAAAGACGUAUACAUACCCCAUCUCGUCCGAGUAUAUUUGGGAAGCACAUGAGGGGCUUUACAGCGCCUGGGGUACAGGUAGAGCACACCGCGAGCAGCGAGGCCGAGGAGGAGGAGGAAUAUGAAGAGGAAAACGAGGAAGAAGAGGAAGAAGAAGAGGAAAACGAGGAAGAGGAGGUUGAAGAGGAGAUUGAAGAUGAAGAACCUGAGGGUGAUUCUCGAUCUCAUGUUCCUUCCAACCAAGAUAGUGCUCAAUCGCAAGAUGAAGCUCUACCUGAGGCUGAAGUCAAGGAUGAACCCACUCUGUCUCUGCAAGAUGCUGCACCUGCGGGGAAGACCUUGAGCGACGAAGAGAAGAAGAAACACGAAGAAGCUGAAGUUCAGCGAUUGAUUCGACAGGCAGAAGAAAAAGCUGCCUUGCCACAGAAAAGCAAUAUCAACCGUGCCAACAAGCUGAAUAAGGGCGCUGCUCAUCGCGAUUCCACAGUCAACCUAGUGAGCACUAUCGAUGGGUCACUUUCUAGGAUUCAGCUUCAGAUGGACAAGCUUCAGGAAAGGCUUCGCUUGCACGGCUCGAAUGCUGUACAUUCUCAGGACAAUGAGGCUGAAAAUUCGCAGGAAACUGCUGAGGAGCGGUUGUCGCUAACUGUUUCCAAGGAUGACUUUGGCAGGAUGCGGAUUACUGGGCAGUUCAACUUGGGAUUCAUCCUAGCCACCCGGUCCUCAACUGAUGUCUCUGACUCAGCACCAUCCAGUGCGAAGGAUGAGCUUUUUAUCAUUGACCAGCACGCUUCUGACGAGAAAUUCAACUUCGAGAGACUCCAGGCGGAAACCGUGGUGCAGAAUCAACGACUUGUGCAACCGAAGCAGCUGGAUCUGACGGCGGUUGAAGAGGAAAUCGUGAUAGAGAAUCAAUCUGCGCUGGAGAAGAAUGGCUUUGUUGUGGAAGUUGAUGACAGCGGCAACGAACCAAUUGGCCGCAGGUGCAAGCUGGUCUCGCUACCACUUAGCAAGGAAGUCGUCUUCGGCGUGCGAGAUCUAGAGGAGCUCAUUGUCCUGCUUUCCGAGACGCCGGCCAGCAGCGCAGCAGGGCCCAUGUAUGUUCCGCGACCGAGUAAGGUGCGAAAAAUGUUCGCUAUGCGGGCGUGUCGGUCCAGCAUUAUGAUUGGGAAGAAUCUUUCUCAGAAGCAAAUGACCCGAGUAGUGCGAAACAUGGGCACGAUUGACAAACCAUGGAACUGCCCACAUGGUCGACCGACCAUGCGACAUCUGAUGAGCCUGGGACAAUGGAACGAGUACGAUGAGUUCGAUGGUGAUGAAGAGAGUGAGUUGGAGGAUCGCCGGUCAUGGACGGAUACGUUGGAUAUCUGGAAGGAUUACUUCAAGGAAAUGACCGGCGAGGAAGAGGAAAGUGAAGGGUGA